UUUCCUCCUCUGCUCCCACGCAGCAUGCAGGCCACGCAGCCCCACCCUCUUCUGCCCGACUCCCUCAGGAUAUUUUUAGCGCUGAUGAUGUGCCCUGUCAAAUCCCGUAACGGAAACAACAUGAAAAGAGAGAAAGAGGGCAGAGCUGCUGGCGAGAGGAGGCUUCACUGACAUCUGCAGCAGAAGAGAAGAAAGGAAGGCAGAGGAACCCCGAUGAGAUGAGAGCUGAGAUCCAUUUGGUGAUCUGCGUGUUGGUGGUGUUUACCGGAUCACCGCAGACUGGAGGUCAGAGCCAUGCUUUGCCUGCUGCAUCUAUUGCAUCCUCAUCCCCGGCUCCUACCGAGACCCCGCCACCUCCUGAGGGGACAGAGCCCACGAUAACAGAGGUUCCACAGCGGACACAACAUGUUGCAGGCAGGAAUGAAACCUUCAGUGAUCCCACAGUCCCUUCCUCGACAGAAAGGAUGAUUGAACGGGAGACCUCAGCAGAUGCAGGACACUUGCACGUCUCAAGUUCCACUAAAGCUACAUCUCAGAGUACAAAUACAACUCCAUCCCUGUCAGCUGCCGCAGUCAACCUUUCCUCCACGCCGACCGCUCUGAGCUCCACCUCUCAUCAAGCUACCGGUCACAUAGAUCUGCUGACCAGCAAGACUGUCUCCACCGUUUCAUCUCCAACAGUACAGACUGCGAGGGAGGAAAGCUCCACUUCCCUUACUUCUACCAUGCAGCCACAAUCUGCAGUCACCACACAUACAACAGCUCUGUCUCAGACCUUAGCCUUCGUUUUGGCCCCAGUGGGACCCACACACAGGGAGUUUCCAUCUGAGCUGAACAUCGGAGAUGAAGACCUGAAGGGGUCCCACCACGGCUCCAGCUCUCCUCUGGACCCUCUGCUAGCGAGUCUGUUGUCAGUGUUCAUUGUUGCCACAGCUGUCGUCUUCGCCGUUCUGUUCUUGAAAUUCCGCAAGAGGAUGAACAACCCUGAGUUCCAUCGACUGCAGGACCUUCCCAUGGACGAUUUGAUGGAAGACACGCCCCUCUCCCCGUACGCCCACUGAUUGAUGCUCCUGUCUGUUCCUUCACUUGCACCCUGCAGAGAACAUAUGCAGAUCAAGCAAUUAAGGCCAUGUUGGAAGAAACAUGACCUUCAAAGGAGCUUUUUCUCAUUUAUUAACUUCUCUGUUUAAGACUUACUGGAGAACAGAUUUAGUUAUUUAGUUAUUGUUGUUUAAAUCAAAGGUUUUAGAGUCACUUAAUAUCUGUUCCACAUUCC